AUGAUGGUCGCCAUGGGCAAGGCCAAGGCUCUGCAGGCUGUGGGCCUCCAAAGCACACAGCAGAUAAGUCAAGCUCCCUUUGACGUGGUUGAGCGCGCCUUGGGAGAUGCCAAAACGGCCAGAUAUCUCAUCACCGCUUGCAAGGCACACUCGAAGCAGCCAGCUUAUAAACGAGCGGGGGACUUUUUGAGCGCCCCCAGCAGCAAGCGUACUAGGAAGCAGCAUAUUAGCACUGACUCAGAGGUUGCGGGUCGAAGUGCAGAAGAACAAGAAGAUUUGUUGACUCUUCCUGUCAUCACGAACGAGGAGGAGAUUGCAGAGGCAUCUGUUUAUACAAAUCGAGCACCUCUUAUGCUAGCCUUUGUGCUCGAACUUCUUCGAUACACGAUGCCCGUACAGCCUCUGUCAAGCCGUCUUAGUCUAGCCCAAGCCGUUGUUAAUGCAAAUGCCACGACCAAGGCUGUCAGUAUUGGGCUGGCAAAGACUUCUGGCGAAGAUGAUUCGUGGGGGGGUGGACAACCGAAGGUCAGUAUCAUGGGAAGAACGAUAGCCGUGCUAAAGAGGGGAGACUACAGGUUGCAGGGUGAUGAGGCCGAUGCCCCAGAGUGCUCUGGUGGCACCCCGAGGGCCGCACCUCAGGCGACAUUGGGUCCGUCAGGCGCCACACUGCAGGGUCACGGUAACACCGCUUCUACAACAUCUCUGUGGUCCACCAGUCGUCAAAUCACAUUCAAGUCUUCGACGUUUGUUGCUCGAGUUACGAGUAUUGGGGACGAUGGGCAGGCAUCUGCUCUCAUCCGCUCGCUUUUAUCCACCGAGCCGCACCUAAAGACAGCAACGCAUAAUGCUUGGGGGUAUCGAGUGCAGAAGCAGGGACAAGAGAGGAAGUCAAGGGGAAUUCGCGAAGUAUGUGAAGACGAUGGAGAAACUGGUUGCGGCGAGUUCAUACUCCGGGUGAUGAGAGAAGCCGGCGUCGACGAUGUCAUAGUCGUGCUGAGUAGGUGGUUUGGUGGUGAGAUGUUGGGCCCAGAUCGCUGGAGACUCAUGAGAGACGUGAUUACGGAGGCGCUUGCUCAAAGACUACGAAUUAAUCAGAGCGAAGGAGGGUGUCAGGGUGUGGCUCUCUGGGCACUUGAUUUUCAAAAGAAGAACCAUGCGCCGGGAGGAAGCGGGAGUGCACUGAACGCAGGCGAUUGGGGCCAUGCUGUUGUCGGAGCCUCGAUAUACCGCCCGGAGCCGGCAAGGGAGUACCUGUUCAAGGCUUUUGCCCCCGACUCGUCCGACCACAUCAUAAAGGGGGAUGGCGGAGAGGGCGGUAUGGCAGGAAAGGUUCCGGGGACCAAGGGCAAGAAGCUCAGCAGGUCGGAAGGUGAAGCCGAGAGGCUCCGUCACUUGGGGUUGCUUCUGGGGGCUCUUAGAUUGUUGUUUGAAAGCUGGAGCAGCUUGACGCCUCUUGAGUUGGAUCGAAGGGCAUUUUCGUGGUACACCGCGAUACGGCCAGAUGUAGAACCGGGGAUAGCAGGGUGGGGUGCGAAGGGAUGGUUGAAGCUCAGUAACAUUCUCCGAUUGCGUCGGAACUCCGAGGGCAAGGAGGUGACGGUUUGA